GCUAUUAAACUUUACUACAACAGAAUAAAGAAAAUCUAAACAGCCAUACAAGGGAAGGGAAGGUAGGUCCAAAACAGAGAAACAGAGAGAAGAAAAAGAGAAGCAAAAAAUGGGAUUUGAGGGGAAAAAGAGAGAAGAUAAAGAAGAAGAAGGUGUAUUAAUGGCUAAUGAUUUCUUUUGGUCAUACACAGAUGAACCUCACGCUUCUCGUAGAAGACAAAUCCUCUCUCAGUACCCUCAAAUCAAACAGCUUUUUGGCCCUGACCCUUUUGCUUUCCUCAAGAUAUCAAUGGUUGUUUUGCUUCAGCUUUGGUCCGCUACCUUCCUCCGUGAUGCAAGUUGGCUGAAGAUAUUGAUAGUUGCCUACUUUUUCGGCUCUUUCCUUAACCACAAUCUCUUCUUGGCCAUUCACGAGCUUAGUCACAACCUCGCUUUCUCUACUCCAGUUUACAACCGUUGGCUUGGGAUAUUCGCCAACCUUCCCAUUGGUGUUCCCAUGUCCGUUACCUUCCAAAAGUAUCACCUCGAGCACCACCGCUUCCAAGGAGUCGAUGGAAUCGAUAUGGAUAUCCCAAGUCUUGCUGAAGCCCAUGUUGUCAAAAACGUCAUAGCGAAAUCAAUAUGGGUGAUUCUCCAACUCUUCUUUUAUGCUCUUAGGCCUCUUUUUCUCAAACCUAAACCACCCGGCAUGUGGGAGUUCACCAAUUUGAUUAUCCAACUAUCCCUCGAUGGAGCUAUGGUAUACUUCUGGGGUUGGAAAUCUUUCGCUUAUUUGAUCCUGUCGACUUUUGUUGGGGGUGGAAUGCACCCAAUGGCCGGUCAUUUCAUCUCCGAGCAUUAUGUUUUCAAGCCCGAGCAAGAGACGUACUCCUACUACGGUCCACUUAAUCUUAUGACAUGGAGCGUAGGUUACCACAACGAGCACCAUGAUUUCCCGAGGAUUCCUGGAAGCAAGCUCUUCAAGGUGAAGGAGAUUGCACCGGAAUACUACGAAAACUUAGAAUCUUACAAAUCUUGGAGCCAGGUUAUCUACAUGUAUAUAAUGGACCGGACGGUUGGGCCUUUUAGCAGAAUGAAGAGGAAGUUGUCGACAAAGAUGGACAGGAAAUCUGAAUAGGUACUAUGCUAGUGUUCUGUUUCUUUUUCCACUUCUUUCCUGUGUUGGUAUGGAUAUUUCCUAUCCAUUCUUUGAUUCUUAAUUAUUUUGUUUGUAACAUUAUUAUAGCAAUCCUGCAUCAUAUGCACAGUAGAUGUAGUCUAUGUACUAUAUUCAUUUUUAUAGAAUUUUUGUGACACUAACACUUAAUUUUCUGUUGA